AUGAUCGUGAAGAAAGUUCCCCUCUUUCCCCCCAAAACCCUCUCGCAAUCCGUCCUCGUUUCCUACUUCUCCACCUCGUCUCCGUAUCAAUUCCAGCCUUACCAGUCGUGGAGGCUGCAGCAGGAGGAGGAUUCGAGGUCCGUGAGUGUCGCGGUGUGGUGGGAUUUCGAGAAUUGCAAUUUGCCGGCUGGGGUCAAUGUGUUCAGAGUGGCGCAGACCAUCACGGCUGCGGUUCGGGCCAACGGGAUCAAAGGUCCCGUUCACAUCACGGCGUACGGAGACGUCUUCCAGCUUUCUAGGGCGAACCAGGAAGCUCUUUCCUCCACUGGAAUCAACAUGGCUCACGUCCCCAAUGGAGGGAAGAACAGUGCAGACAAGUCUCUUAUCGUGGGUCUAAUGGACUGGGUAUCCCAAAAUCCACCCCCAGCCCAUUUGUUCCUCAUCUCCAGUGACAGAGAUUUCGCGAGUUGUUUGCACAGGCUGAGGAUGAACAACUACAACAUCUUGCUUGCAGCUAAAGAAGGUGCGCCGGCCGUUCUAUGCAGUGCUGCAAGCAUCAUGUGGCACUGGAACGAUCUACUGAAGGGCGAGAACUUGGCGGGGAAGUAUUUCAAUCAACCUCCUGAUGGUCCUAAAGGCUCAUGGUAUGGUCAUUAUAAGUUACCCUUAGAAGAUCCAUUCGCAGUUCCUGAGCCUACACCAGCACCAUCACCACCGCCAGUUUCUCCCAAGGUCGACGAGGAGCGUGUAGAUUCUAUUCGCCCCAUACCAAAAGCAGUGAUGAAGCAGAUUCAACAGAUUUUGAACUCGCACCCUGAAGGUAUCAAAAUAACUGACCUUCGAGCCGAGUUGAUGACUAGCAAUUUGGCAGUCGAUAAGGAAUUUUAUGGCCAUAAGAAGUUCUCCCUAUUUCUCUUGGCUAUGCCACAAGUGUUGAAGCUUCAAAACAAGGGGGAGGGUAGGUUUCUCGUGCGAGCUGUUCCUGGCAGAGCUCAUGAUCCAUCUGGAACUCUAGUUACCACAGCUACUGAUAUACAUAAUAACGUGAAGCCGGUUCCUUCUGGCUCUUCGAAGAUGGAUACCGACGGUGUAGCUGAGAAGAAUUUGCCACCAUUGACCUCAUCGGAGCCAAAUGUCAGAGCUUUGGAAGUGGAUGUUCAUGGCAAGGAAUGCAACUUUCCUGUUAGUGAAAAGGUCUUGGAGAAGGCUAAUGGACAGGAAACAGAUAAGCAGUCAUCUGUAGUGAAGAAUGAAGAGCCUGACAUGGGAUUUGUCGGGACUCUUCGAAAUUUUUUGUAUGGAAGCUCUGAGAAGGGAACUGAUGACUCUCUAGAAAAAACUUCCACUAACAAGCUUGGAAGAGACGAAGUUGAUGAAAAGAACCAUGAAUUGCCUAGCAGAAAGUUAGAAGUAUCUACUCAAAGCCCGGCAAGUGAAAGCAACAGCAAUUCAGCUGUGUCUAGUGAAGACUUGAGCAGAAAUACAGGUUUGUUUAGUCGGAUUAAGAACUGGUGGAAGUCUAGGGGAAGCCGUGUAGAAUCUGUACACGAUCAACCCAGCAAAGUCCUUGAUCAGAGAAUUGUGGACAUGAAAGACCAUCAGGUCUUUUCUAAGGACGCGUUCUGGAGGGUUAUGGAGUCCUUUGUUAGGACACAGAAGGGGUCGCUAGCUAUAACAGAAUCCAGGACAAGGGAACAGAUGGCAUCGAAUCUGCAAAAGGAAGGACCUUUGCUUCUGAAAUCUCUCAAAGAACCUGACCUACUUCUGUUGGUAGACAUCUUGAUAUCACAAAAGAAAUGGGUGGAUGAAUGUCCCUCCGGAUCUUCCCUUUUUAAGGUCACUCUAUCUAGGGAUAAUGCAGCCCGGGCCACUUCUCAGGGAUCCAGUGGAUUGAGGUCUUUGUUUCUGAAAGAAAGGCAACAUGGUGUUUCUCAUACUGGUGUUACGCCCCCCAUUGCUAACACGAAAUCCUCUGAUCGAUCUAGAAGUGAGAUACUGAUGGACUGCAGGAACCUUGUGCAGGAAAUGGUGAAGAAAUACCCCUAUGGUUACAACAUUGGUGCUUUCCGAAAGUUGUUCCUAGAAAGGUAUGGUUACCAUCUUGACAUCCAGAAGCUCGGGUACCAAAAGUUGGCGGCUUUACUGGAAAUAAUGCCAGGAGUGAAAGUCGAAUCUACUUACAUCCUUCCGUCUACCAAAACCCUAAAGUCUAACUCUGAUGGUGAAUCAGCGAAGAAGGAAAACGAAUCAGAUUCUGCGUGGGAUGAGCUCGGUCCUCCGGACGCCAACUCAUCAUCCCAAAAGGAUCCUGAUUACGAGCCUUGCCUGUCUGAAGACGAUAAUGAUGAUGUGGAAUCUGAUUCAGAACCCGAGACUCUGGCUGCUUCAAGCAGCAGUCAACCUGAACAAAACUGUACGAAGUCCAAUGAAGAAAACAGCUCGUUGCUAGAGAUUCUCGAUACCUGGUAUGGGAGUCAGAACGAGGAAACUGGAGGCAAGAAAGAGGAGUCUACGAGGAAUGAUGAGGAGAAUGCUACUAUUAAUUUGCAGCAGCUUACCAGUUCGUCUGGACAAGUUGGAAAGACGGCUGAGGCAACUACUACUCAUAUGGCAUGCUCUGGAGGGACGAUGCAGAAACCGGUAAAGACUUAUUCUUUCGUCGAUGAUUCGGUCUGCCCUGCGGAUCAGCAUCAUAAGGUUAUUAAUGGAAUCUUAAGCAGGUUGAAGAUCACUAGUGAUUCGAGGAUGCCGAGUUGA